AUAUCACGGCUAUUGUUUGGUUCGUUGCACAUCGCACGCAAACCCUUCACACGGCGCUGCAGGUGAGGUGACACCAUGCAUUUCCCCUACUUCUUCUCCAUGGUAAAUAAAUGGUCUAAGUUGAAACGAAAAAUGUAACUUCACUUUUUAUCUAGUGCCAUUAAUUAAGUAAUCCUAAUGUAUCAUUGGGUUUGAUGGAACUUUCCCUUCUCCAAGAUAUUUGUCUGCACAAGCACAAAAAACCUGCUUCUCUGCUAAAAUAGCCACGACACAUCCAUGCAUGAUCUCCUCUUAAAUCUACUCGAUCGAUCGUUUUCCACAAAGGCUUGCAUGUAGAUAAUAACACAAGGGCUAGCUAGCUUGUGCUUCUUCAUCCUGCUAGGUCAGCUUCAUCGGUGGCCAUUUAAUUAAUUUGGCGAGAUGGGUAUGGUCACUUCCAUAUGUAUGGAGCCGAUCAAGCGCCGACGAGUGGAGAAGGACCUCGACGACAAGGUGGCGGACGCGCUCCAGGAGAGGACCAGGUCCCGGCAGAGGACCUUCAGGUCCGUGAACAGCAUCACCAUGCGUCUGCCCAGGUUCAAGGAGGGGCUCAGGGACAUCAAGGAAAUCUUCGAUCAGUAUGAUGAGGAUUCAAAUGGCACAAUCGACAACGAGGAGCUGCAGAGCUUCCUUAGCAAACUCCAGGUGAAGAUGUCCCAGCAGGAGAUCGACAACCUGCACAGCUACUGUGACAUCGACAGCAGGAACGGGAUCCAGUUCCAGGAGUUCGUCGUGCUCCUCUGCCUCAUGUACCUGCUGUUCGGGCCAGACGUUACGCGCCGGGUUUCAGAAUUCGAGUCUGUGAAGCUCAACUACGUCUUCGACGAGCUCAUUGACGCGUUCAUCUUCUUCGACAAGGAUGGGGAUGGCAAGAUGAAGAAGAGAGACGUCACCCACAGGAUGAACGAGGCGUCUCACCAGGAGAGGACUCCCAGUCACAUAACAGCACAGCUAUUCAAGGAGAUGGAUCUGAACAGGAAUGGGAAGGUGAACCUCAAGGAGUUCCUCUAUUCCAUGAUCAGAUGGGCAGGUCUCGAAACUGAAGACGACGGCAGCAAUGAGGCCUCCCCCUAAUGAAAUAGCUGAAGCUCAUCUAGAAUCCUGACAUGGAAAUCAGGGUUGUUGUUAACAAGUGAAGGCCGCGCACUUCUCACCAAGGUCACCCUUUCUGCGAUUCUGGUGCACAUUCCCGUCGUGUCUUGUCUCAGAUGAGGUCAAGAACUAAUUUGCUAGAUUUUCAAGAUUAAGAGAGGAAAAACUCAUUGUUCAUGCAGAUAAACAAAUAUAAAGCUUAUGUCCAAGCUACUGACAUAUUUGAGAUAACGAGCAACAUGGAGGAAUAUAAGUAAGGGCAAUGCUACGGACACUCUUUACUUCCUAUGAGGUAAUACCUCAAAAGAAUUUGAGCCGUUGAUUUUUUUAAUAUUUUUACAAUUAAUUAGUUAACUUGAGAAAAGAGAAAAAGAUUUCAGAUCCUUAAAUCAAGG